AUGUCUGCCGCUGUGGUCCUAGUGUCCCUCCUCCAGUGCAUAGACAACAGUAAAACAUACUUCUGUGGCAGUCGGGAGGCGGCCUUCACGUACGCCAUCACGGCAGCAGGAGUGGCCCACGCCAUCACCGCCGCCUGCAGCCAGGGCAAGCUCAACCAGUGCGGCUGCGACCGGGAGAAACAGGGCUACUACAACCAGGAGGAGGGCUGGAAGUGGGGGGGCUGCUCCGCCGACAUCAAGUACGGCAUCGAGUUCUCCCGCCGCUUCGUGGACGCCAGAGAGAUCAGGAAGACCCCACGCCGCCUCAUGAACCUGCACAACAACGAGGCCGGCAGAAAGGUUUUAGAAGAGAGGAUGAAGCUGGAGUGCAAGUGCCACGGCGUCUCCGGCUCCUGCACCACCAAGACUUGCUGGACUACACUUCCCAAGUUCAGGGAGAUCGGUUACCUCCUGAAGGAGAAGUACAACCACGCGGUGCACGUGGAGGUGGUGCGGGCGAGUCGACUGCGGCAGCCCACGCACCUCAAAGUCAAACAGACUCAGGGCUACCGCAAGCCCAUGGAGACCGACCUGGUCUACAUCGAGAGGUCUCCCAACUACUGUGAGGCGGACGCGGCCACGGGCAGCGUGGGCACCCAGGGCAGACUGUGUAACCGCACGUCGCCGCACACGGACGGCUGCGACCUGAUGUGCUGCGGCCGCGGCUACAACACGCACCAGUACACGCGUGUGUGGCAGUGCAACUGUAAGUUCCAGUGGUGCUGCUUCGUCAAGUGCAACACGUGCAGCGAGAGGACUGAGGUGUUCACCUGCAAGUGA